AUGAACCAGAGACCAGACAAGAGAGCGGGAGCCCUCACAGAAGGAGGUGAGGGGCCUCGAGAACGUCACUUCCGUCACUCCCGGGAACUCCGCGUGGACUUGCUUCUAUGGCGUCUUCCGACAUGUCGGUGUUCGCGGGGCCCCGCAAAGCCGACUCUGGCGCUGAACCCCCAGGAAGACUCACAGUUUCUGGAGGUUUUGACGCAAAUCCAACGGCGUGCGAAAAAGCAAAAGACGGAAGAAAAACUUACUCCUGGAGUGAUUUUUCUGGGCCACCUACCUUCAACACUUACUGAAAGCCAUAUCCAUGACAACUUUACCCAGUUUGGCACGAUUACCAGAUUCAGAUUGUCCAGAAGUAAACGGACUGGACACAGCAGAGGCUAUGCCUUUUUGGAGUUUGAGUCUGAGGAUGUUGCCAAGAUAGUUGCAGAAACGAUGGAUAACUACCUUUUUGGUGAAAGACUUCUUCCGUGUAAAUUUAUGCCACCAGAAAAAGUCCAUAAAGAACUUUUUAAGGACUGGAAUGUUACAUUUCACCAGCCAUCGUUUCCAUCAGUGAAGCGUUACAAUCAGAAACGAGGACAUCUGCAAAUGUUAAAGAUAGAAUAUCGGUUUAAGAAGAAGGAAAAACUGCUCCGGAAGAAGCUAGCUAAGAAGGGGAUUGAUUAUGCUUUCCCUUCAUUGGUCUUACCUAAUCCGAGGAAAGGGACUUCUGAAGGCAUUCCUAACACUCCUGAGGACUCUGAGGUUAACCAGGUUUUGCCUACCUCAAAAGAAAGACUUUCAGGGAUACCUAGGAAAAAGGAGAGGAAGAUGUUGAAGAGAGGAUUUACCAUAAAAAUUCUUAAGAAGCGUAAUAGGUCUAAGAAAAAGAGGUUUGUGGCCAUACAGGGUCCCACGCCAGUUUGUUCACCAGCAUUUUUGGAAAGACGGAAGUCGCAGGUGACCAAAGUCAAUGAUGAUAAAGAUAAUGAAAUCGUUUUCAAACAGCCAGUGCCUACAGUGAAAGAAGAGGCCCAAAAGACUCCAGCACCUGCAAGCUCCGAGAAAAAAAAAGACCAAGAAAUUGGAACACUCAUUCUGGAUGUAUUCAGAAAGGAUGAAGAGAAUACAUUCCUGGGUCCUGAACCAGCCCCCAGGUAUCUCCUGCUUACGUUGCAGGUGUGGAAACUGAGGCACACGAAGAGUCCUUUUCAGGAGGAUGGUGCCUUUCUUAUGACUCAUGCUAUUUCUGAGUCUGCAUUAGGUCAAUGUGAUGUCCACCAGAUCUGUAACGAAUGUCUCUGCGUUUACUUUGUCAGGGAACUUUUUCAGAAAAGUGUGGGCACUGGCCACAUGUGGGACUUCCCAGUGGACUUCUCGGUGGGCUUCCCGGUGGGCUUCCUGGUGGACGUCCCGGUGGACUUCCCGGUGGGCUUCCCGGUGGGCUUCUUCAUUUCAUCCCCUGAUCUUUAUCAUAACUUCAAACUCCUUCCUGGCCUUCCUGUAAACCAAAGGCCUACAAACCACAUGGCCUUCCUGUAA